AUGUAUCCUCCAAACGGCCCAACAUUUAAAGGCGAUGUGGCUUGGUAUACUGUUAAUCUGGAUUUACCACCAAGCAAGAGAUGGACAGAUAUCAUUACAGACAAAAAGAAUGAUAUGGUGAGCAUGAUUCAGGCUAUCAGAGAUCUAGCAGAUGCAUUUGUUCCCAGUGGAAAGCUUAUUGAUCUAGUAGACAAGGACUUGCCCUUGAUGGUGGAUACCCUGCCUUACCCGUUCAAUGAGGAGAUCAGAGGAAUAGCAUCAGUGUCUGGUGUUCCUUUGGGUGAGGUGGUGCUCUUCAAUGUAUUUUAUGAGGUGUUCACCGUAUGCACUUCUCUGGUUGCAGAGGAUGUCAAUGGCAAUCUCAUCCAUGCAAGGAACCUGGACUUUGGACUUUUCAUGGGUUGGGAUUUGAAGAACAGGUCAUGGAUCAUCACAGAGAAGCUGAAGCCACUGGUUGUCAACAUUGACUUCAGACGCAACAACCAGACCGUCUUUAAAUCCACUAAUUUCGCAGGAUACGUGGGCAUGCUGACCGGUAUUCAUCCGCACUCCUUCACCCUCACUAUGAAUGAACGAUUCAGUCUGGACGGAGGCUACAUCGGAAUUCUGGAGUGGAUCUUGGGGAAGAGAGACGGCAUGUGGAUGAGUUUUCUGACUCGUUCUGUGCUGGAGAAUGCAACUAGCUAUGAAAGUGCCAAGGCUCUGUUGUCUGACACUAAGCUGCUGGCUCCAGCGUACUUCAUCCUCGGAGGAAACCAGCCGGGUCAAGCCUGCAUUAUCACCAGAUCCAGAACACACAGCAUCAAUCCACUGGAGCUGGAUGUGAAGAAUGGCAGGUGGUAUGUGUUGGAGACUAACUAUGACCACUGGAAAGAGCCCCUGUUUCUGGAUGACCGCAGAACUCCUGCUAUGAAAUGCAUGAAUCAGACCACGCAAGCUGAUAUCUCCAUAAAGACAGUCUAUGAUGUCCUGUCCACCAAGCCAGUGUUAAAUAAAUUGACCACAUACACUACUCUUAUGGAGGUGUCAAAGGGAACACUGGAAUCUUACAUCCGUGACUGUCCUAACCCCUGCAUGCCGUGGUGAGGGACUUCUUCUGGACAGGCUGCAUUGCUGGGACAGACUUCUGUACGUUUAGGCAUUUAGACAAAGAAUCUAAUUAAUAUUUUAGCUCCAUUAUAAAUCAGUAGUCUUACAUGCUAAAAGGUUUGUCUGCUUUUGUGGGCAUAAUUGGGUUUAAUCAAGCUUAACCUGCCAAACAGGCACAGUAGGGCAGCCUACUUAACACUUGUCUAAAGAUGCAUGUUAUGGAAACAAAAAAUAAUUGUAAAAAUUUUUUUCAAAUUUUUGUGAAUGUGAUUGACAUUUUUGUAUAUCAUUUUUUUUGUAACAUACAGAAAUAUGCACAGUGGAACAACUUGAUAAUCAACACUACUGGUGCCUCAUAACUUUAUUUAACCUCAUCAGCACUGUUAACUAACAAAUGCAUGAGGGAAAAAUGAUCAACCGAAAUAAAUUAAUGUACAUAAAGCAAUAAACAAAUUUGCACAAAUAACAUCAUGAUUUAUUGGAGAUGCAAUACUUGUGGAAAU